CCUACCUAUUAUAUGUCUACCUUAUACCACAGAUAUCAAAGAACAGACGAAGCACGAAGGAAAAUGAGUCAAGAUCCCAAACAACUCAUCGAAUGCAUGGCCUCCUUCGUGACAGCCUGCAUGGGCAACCACGACCCCUCGCACAACCCAGCCCACGUCCACCGCGUGGUCUCGCUGGCGCAGAGCAUUCUGCGCGCAGAACAGAGCCUGUUCCCCGAGAAGAAAUAUGACUCUACCGUCGUGACGCUGGCUGCUCUCCUCCACGACAUAGGAGAUCGGAAGUACCUUUCGAACGUGACGGGAUUUGGAUCCGAUGCGUCGGUCCAACUCAACCCCAACAAAAUGGUCGAACACGUCCUGCUAAAGCAUGGCGCGGAUCCCCUUCUCGCCGAACGGGUCCAAACCAUCGUCUCGCACGUCUCGUUUACGACCGAGUGUGCUGAUCCGGACCGGGUCGCGAGGCUGAUCGCAACAGAAGGGGAACACGGCUACGCAGAGCUCGCCAUCGUCCAGGACGCAGAUCGCCUCGACGCCCUGGGUGCUAUCGGCAUCGGGCGGACUUUUACCUUCUUAGGUGCCCAGGGCCGCAAGAUGGUCCCCGAGGGGGGCGUGUGGGAGAUGGACAACUCCAUCCGGCACUUUGGAGAGAAGCUGGAGCGGCUGGAGGGCAUGAUGAAGACGCAGACCGGGAGGGAGAUGGCCAAGCUUCGCACGGAUCGGUUGCGACAGUUUCGCGGGUGGUGGGAGGAGGAGAUGGAUUUGGCGAGAGAAUCAUGAUAGUACCUUUUAUCAAUUACGAUUUGCAGUAAUAAAAGAACCAAUCUGUCCUAGUAUAGCUACUAGUAGUCUUAUUUAUGUAUUAUCGCCACCGUCUAUCAAUUUGCCCUGCCU